CUUGGCUCCAGAUCUUCGGCUAAUCCGAGGGCGGUCGCGAGGUACGGGUUCAUCUUCUUCUGCAGAAAAGUGAUCGAGAACUGAGGGUUUCCGAGAAUGCUACGAGCAGCUCUAGUCGUCACCAUCUUUGUGUUGGCAGGAACUCAAGAAGCCCAAGGACUGUCAUGCCUUUGCAACCCUCAGAGUUGCAAACCUCCUCGAGGCUGCAAAUACGGUCUGGUGAAGGAUGCCUGCUAUUGUUGUGAUGUCUGCGCCAAGCCAUGGUUCUGGUGGCUGGAAGAUGGAGAAUUGGCCAUGGGUGGAGGUCUCGCAGGCGCCGGCAGAAAAGCGGGAACUGCAAAACUGCAAGCAAAACAGCACGUUCAGAAAACCUUUGGGGGCAUAACUGCUGAAUUAAGGGCUCUGCUGGAGCAGUACUAAAAGAACCAGAAAGCUGGCUGAACUCCCUGGAACACCGCCAUCCAGGCCUCAUCGGGUCUUGAAACAGUUAGCCUACCACCCACCUCCGCGCAUUUUUGUUCAGUUCCAAAAAUAAAUAUUUUGUUCUUGUCUCUGGGAUUUAGUGCAGUUUACGUACACUGACUGAUUUUUUUAGUGUUGAAUCCCAAACAUAAAAAAACCUUGAAUAACAGAGAAACUAUGUAGGUACAGUUACAAUUGAAAAUUAUGAAUA